CUGCCAAACGAAUACUUAGUUGGAAUGAGAGACAGCGAGUUUCAUUCUUCCUUUCUUUCUAUCAUACGAUAUCUGAUGGAAGAACGAAAGAAAUGAAGCGAAUUGUCCAGUACCUAAGCAAGUUCGAAUUAGUUUGUUUGCGUUUGCGACAUGACAUCCGCUACUGAAAUCGAUAUCUAAAAUCGGUUUGUGAAAUCGUUUUCAAAAUCUGAAAUCGGAUUUGUAUCGGCUUGCGAAAAAAUCUAAAAACGCCCAUACCUAUUCCUAAUUACGCAGUAUCAUGAUAUGAUAUGGUAGAUAUGACGCAUCCCGAAGCCAGCUUAUCGACUGACUCGAGCCAGUUGGAAAGCAGCGACGGACAGUUUAGGUGUUUGUGUUUUAUCAAUCUUUUAAAUUUAAUUACUUUGUAAUUCACAAUAUAUCUACAAAUUGAGGUGAGGUUGGAUUCGGCAACAUCUUACUCUUGUGUGACCUGGAGAUGACUAACGAUAGUGCUGAAACUGAAUAUUAUGCCGAGUGUGGCAACAUAUUCUACGAGAUACUUCAGUUCAUCAAGCAACGAUAUCCUGAUCCGCGCUAUCAUGACGACGUUGCGGUACUUCUUAACUUCUGUCGUCAGCAGGGGGGGAAAAGAUGGAUGCCUGGAACCGAACCUGCACCUGACGCUGGCGACGGCAGCGGUCCGUCCAGGGAGACAAGGGAUUCAAUGCCUGGAACCGAACCUGCACCUGACGCUGGCGACGGCAGCGGUCCGUCCAAGGAGACAAGGGAUUCAAUGCCUGGAACCGAACCUGCACCUGACGCUGGCGACGGCAGCGGUCCGUCCAAGGAGACAAAGGAUUCAAACAAGAAACCACAAAAUAAAAGAAAAAAUAAUGGCAGUUCAAAGCAUACGGAAUACGAAUCAAAGAAGAAAAAAGUACAGGAAACACGGGCGGAACUCAAGCGUAAUAGGCUAGAAUUGAAUGUUAUAGAACUUACUAUUAGAAUACAAAAUACAUGUAAACAACUGCAGAAUCAAAUAGACAAAUUGGAAAAAUUGAAGGAUAAUAACGAUUUAAAAAAAUUUCAAGAAACCAAAGAAAUGUUAGAGACUAAAUUGAACACAAUUAAACAACAACAAGCGAAGGGGAAGGAGGAGAGGGAAAAUGAACUCGAAGAAUUGGAAAGUGAAAUAUUAAACAUCGAACAGGCAAUACAGGAGCAAGAAACAAAUUAUGACAACGAGAAAAUACAGAUGGCUGAGGAACUCGAUCAAUUGAAAAACCAAUUUAAAACAGAGAAAGUUAAAAUUGAACAGGAAAAAACAAAGCAUAAUGAGGAGAUAAGUCAGAUAGAAACACAAAUACAAGAGCUAAAAAGAAAGUAUGAUGAAGAGAAAAUACAGAAGGCUGAGGAACUCGAUCAAUUGAAAAACCAAUUUAAAACAGAGAAAGUUAAAAUUGAACAGGAAAAAACAAAGCAUGAUGAGGAGAUAAGUCAGAUAGAAACACAAAUACAAGAGCUAAACAGAAAGUAUGAUGAAGAGAAAAUACAGAAGGCUGAGGAACUCGAUCAAUUGAAAAACCAAUUUAAAACAGAGAAAGUUAAAAUUGAACAAGAAAAAACAAAGCAUGAUGAGGAGAUAAGUCAGAUAGAAACACAAAUACAAGAGCUAAACAGAAAGUAUGAUGAAGAGAAAAUACAGAAGGCUGAGGAACUCGAUCAAUUGAAAAACCAAUUUAAAACAGAGAAAGUUAAAAUUGAACAGGAAAAAACAAAGCAUGAUGAGGAGAUAAGUCAGAUAGAAACACAAAUACAAGAGCUAAACAGAAAGUAUGAUGAAGAGAAAAUACAGAAGGCUGAGGAACUCGAUCAAUUGAAAAACCAAUUUAAAACAGAGAAAGUUAAAAUUGAACAAGAAAAAACAAAGCAUGAUGAGGAGAUAAGUCAGAUAGAAACACAAAUACAAGAGCUAAACAGAAAGUAUGAUGAAGAGAAAAUACAGAAGGCUGAGGAACUCGAUCAAUUGAAAAACCAAUUUAAAACAGAGAAAGUUAAAAUUGAACAGGAAAAAACAAAGCAUGAUGAGAAGAUGAGUCAGAUGGAAACACAAAUACAAGAGCUAAACAGAAAGUAUGAUGAAGAGAAAAUACAGAAGGCUGAGGAACUCGAUCAAUUGAAAAACCAAUUUAAAACAGAGAAAGUUAAAAUUGAACAAGAAAAAACAAAGCAUGAUGAGGAGAUAAGUCAGAUAGAAACACAAAUACAAGAGCUAAACAGAAAGUAUGAUGAAGAGAAAAUACAGAAGGCUGAGGAACUCGAUCAAUUGAAAAACCAAUUUAAAACAGAGAAAGUUAAAAUUGAACAGGAAAAAACAAAGCAUGAUGAGAAGAUGAGUCAGAUGGAAACACAAAUACAGAGCAUCAGAGAAAAGAAAGCUCAGCUGGAAGACCAACUACAAACACUGCAAAACUCACUGGAUUAUGAAACGGAACAAUUUCAAAGACAAACUGAAGCUAUGCAGAAGAUCGAGGAGUUAAAACAAUCAUACGAAGCUGAUAUUGAUGAAUUGAAAAUACUACGAAAGAAAAAAAAUAUAAUAGUCAAAGGUAACAUGAUGAGGGAAGAAGAAUUUUACAAAACCAUGCAACCAGACAAGGACGAGAUACGCAAAAUUGAAUCCAAAUUUGAUGAGCUACAAACCAACACGGCCAAGAAGAGAGAACAAUACAAUACAAUGAUUGAAAGCCUGAAGCGUGGCUUGGAUGAAAAUAAAUGUGACAAAGAACUUGAGCAUGUUUUUACACAGGAUCCAGAAACUGUAAGUAUUGCACAAUUCGAGGAUAACUAGACGAACCAGCAACUGACGGCUCAAAACCAAACAAUCAAUCAAGUGAAUGCGCAAAAGACACAAAAUGAAGAACAACAUAUUAUGGAAGAACUCAGCCAGAGUACACGCAACCACCAGCUGUUGGAUCUUUGACGUUCUCAGUUACAGCAGAGCUGCUGCACCCCACGCCAGGACCUAGCGGUAUCAACCCUGGCGAUGUGACAAGAGCGCAAGCGUCACCCCCGCAGCUACCAGUUGCCGAUGAACCCAGCCAACAAUAAGACGUCAGCUUUUGGCUGGCGUCGCUUUUGGUAGCUGUCAGUUUAUCAACAAACGCGUCAGCAAUCAGUAGCAACAGAGACUUUACUCCUAUUAAUUUGGACACUUUUAUACCCAUCUUAAAGAAACAACAUUCGCUCCCCCUUGGGCACGUGUGGCGUUUGUAACACUUUCUCUGUUAGUUUACCAGCCCUUGGUCCCACCAGAUUUAAGUAGUGUAUUUACAUUUAAAUAAGUUCCAUACAAAUGCAAAAAUGUACAAAUAUUAUACUUAUUAAUUUACAAUUUAAGGCGACAGUAAUCUAUUUUCUGACUCUAUAUUGUAAAUCUCUGCCUCGAGGAGCUUCGUGUGUGAUGUCAUGAUAAUAUCAUAUAGAGCUUAUUACCAUCAAACGCCUCAUUUAAAAUAUUGCAUGACGGCUACCGACCGUCGCGGCUAGCGAGGGACAUUUGCCGCUAAUGAGCUCGCACAGAUAUCAUAUCACUAAAUAAAGCAGUUUCUUCAGUCAAAAAUAAAUUAUUUUGACCAAUCAAUACAAUAAAAUAUAAAAAAUAUCACACUGUCAUUAAUUGCUUCGAUCAAAUUCUAUAUUUUUCUAGUAUUUUUAAUUAAAUAAGUACACUAUACUACUGUUAUUGCGACGUCACGAUACAUAACACGCGGGUACCUAGCAUGUUCAUAGAAUUCAAGUCAGAAAUAAAUUGUUUCGAUUUUUUAAUACAGUUUUUAUACGUUUCGAAAAAAUAGAUACCGGCCAAGUACCUAGCAAUAAAAAACAUAUUCAAUAUGACUAGUUGGAAACUUCCCGAUAAUAAUAUUCCUACACUUACAAAGACCUAGUUAUCGUUCCUGACAUCUGCCGGUACUCGCCAGCUUCAUACCUUCGCCAUAAAAAUAGAUUCUACGGUAAUAUGAUUAAAGUAUACUUUGCUAUCUCUCAAGUACCACCUACCUCAGAUUCACACCUAAUUAUGUUUCCUUACUCUAGUUACUCUUAAUGUCGAUGUAAAUAACCAUAAAAUGUUUACUUAAUUAGCAUUUAAUAUAUGUUGUAGUAGGCAUAGACAUUACGACUUUUGUUUAUAAUGUUAUGUUUAUAAAUAAAUGUUAGUCUGCUUGUAAUUUCCAUGGAGUUUCUUGCCGGUUCUUCUCCAUGAUGGAUGUGUUUUGUGGAACCGUGCAGAAUUUCACAUUUUAUAAGAACCUGUUUCAAUAACGUGCCAAUGUUCUAUUUGCUCACAAAAUGUGGUAAUCUAGUAAAAACAUUUAUGUCCAAUCACUGUAACUGUUCAAAAUUUAAGAUCCAAUGGGGUGACAGUAGUGCCACCUGGUAAGCAAAAAUACAUUAGCUCCCAUUGGUACCGUAUUGUUCUUAUGAAACAUAAACAACAUAUUAUGUAUCACUUUAAGAAUCAGAAUAACUUUUCUUUGUAGAAAUAUUUUCUUCAGGUUCUUAUAAGAUAUUGAAAGUUGUAUUUUAACUAUGUAUUUUGAAAGAUUUUAUAGAUUUUAAGUCAACGAAUCAAACCGUAUUUUAUAUUAAAAUGAUUAUUAAAUGUCAUCAAAGUUUAGUUACUUUAGUUUUCAUGAUAUAAUUUUGUUGUGCAUUAUUAGAUUUAAGUAUUGAUAUUAUGGUAUGGUAAGGGUCUUUGAGCCACAUUAAGAACUAUGUAUUAAGAAUGACUUAGAUUUGUAUACUAUAAGGCCCGCAUUAACAAACAGACCUCAUCACCGUACGUCACUAUGACGUCAUAAGUAUCCCAAGAGCCACACAUAAUACAUUUAAAAUAAAUAAAUAAAUAUAUUUAAAAAAAUAUUGACAAUAAUAAAUAAUAUAAAUAAAAAAUAAACAAAUAAGAAAUAAAUAAAAAUGAUUAAUAAAAAAAUAUAAAUAAAUACAUAAUAAUAUAAAAUAAAUAAAGAAAUAAUAAAAAUAAAUAAAUAAAAAAUAUAAAAUAAAUAAAUAAAAAAUAUAGAUACAUAAUUCCUGCGGGUCGCGGGACGCGGUGCCCAUAUUCACCGGGUCAAACGGGAGAAGGAGAGACCUCCCUAAAAUAAUCUAAAUAAAUAAAAAGUAUAAAUACAUCAAAAACAGAAAAAAUAUUUAAAAAAUAUAUGUAUAAAUAAAAAAAUCUAAAUAAACAGAAACUUCUUUUUACUUAGAAGUUAUAAACAAAAUGGCUAUAAUUUUAUUAUUUAUAACUUUCGUGAGACAUACUAAUUAAUUAUUAUGUUAACUAGUCGAGUUCCUCGUCCAACAGUUACGUCAAUAAUCCGAUAUACGUUAUUUUACACAUAUAUAAUUAAACUAGCAUUUAUGGGAAUGAAAAAUAGAUGUUGGCCGAUUCUCAUAGAUACCGGAUAAGCACAAUGUUUUUUAUCAAAGUCGGUCAAGCCGUUUCGGAGGAGUAUGGCAACGAAAACUGUGACACGAGAAUUUUAUAUAUUAGAUUAGAUAUAAGGUAGGGGAGAAUAAGAAGACCGCGCGCGUCUCUUCGAAACAAAAAUGAGGCGGACAAACGGCGGGGUUGAACUCCCAACCCUACCACUAUUUAAUGCAAUGGGCUACUCAGUAUUGUUACCAAGUGAGGUAUCUUGACUUGAGUGACGUUUAUUAAUACGGGCUUUAGUUCUGAGCGAUUUAAGUUCAAUAAUAUAUUUUACUUUUUGUUAUUUUGUAUUAAUUUAAAAUCAAUUACUCACGUACCUAAAUUAAUUGUGAUAAGUUCUACGAGUUUCGAGUCACUGAGGGACGCCGACGUGGUGACGUCUGCGCACGCUGCUCGUGAUGAAGCUGAACUUAAUUUAGUAUGUCUCACAAUGUUAUUAAUUAUCUCUUUUUUUGUAUUUUAAUAAAUAAAUGUUAUGUCUUAA